AGCUGCAAAUAGACACGCUUGAAGUUCUUGUUUAUGUCACUUCCAGUUUUGUCGCAGGAAGCGUAUUUCACAAAUGCUUUUGCAGACAUAAUUGUGAAACUCAAAUGUGCAUGACGGGCGCUGAUUCAUCACAGGAACUUUUUAAUAUUGUCUCCUGCUCGUGCAAGUAGAAGCUACUCUGAGUGAUCGCUGGCACUGAGGACAUAACCUCACAUCAGCUUUCCCUGUGGAGCAGCAAAUGUGAGCAAACUCAGUUCAACAUGUCCUUAAAAGUUUGUAGGCAAACCGUCAGGACACAUUGGAUGUGGGACUGGACCUCUGGGAUGAUUGCAGUCAACAGAUGUGGGUCUCUAUAUCAGAGACUGGACCUGGAAGGCAAAAACGGGCUGGCUGUUGACCUUUUCCCUACAUCAGGAAACACUGUACACAGGGAUGUUAACCCAGUGGUCCUGGCAAUCCAAGUGGGGGAUGUAGAGGCUGUUAAGAAAGAGGCAGCAUCUUCUCCUCACAGUCUGAUAAGGGAGAACAAAGAAGGCUGGAUCCCUUUGCAUCAUGCAGCCUUCAAUGGACAGCUUGAAUGCUUGAAGACCUUACUGAAAGCACAUCCAAGUUCUGCAGACAAACGCACCCUGCAGGAACAGACAGGGUUGCUGCUUGCCGUCUCUGGUGAACAUUUGUCGUGUGUGACGUGUCUGCUGGAGGCUGGAGCUGAUCCUGACAUCAGCAACAAGAACAAAGAAACCCCUUUGUACACAGCCUGCAGGUUGGACAAUGUGGACAUGGUGAGGCUCAUCCUCUCCUUUGGGGCCUCCGUGAAUCAGCGGUGCGCUCAGGGAUGGACAGCCCUCCACGAGGCCGUAUCAAGGAACAACAUAGCAACAUGUGACAUUCUCAUUGGAGCUGGAGCCACUGCUAACCCCUCCAACACGUACAGCAUCACGCCACUCAUUGUAGCAGCUCAAACGGGACGUUUAGAAGCACUGAAUUACCUCAUCGGAAAAGGCGCUGAUGUAAACAUGCAGACUUGUGAUGGUGUCACAGCGUUGCACGAAGCAAGUAAAAAUGGCCACAAAGAAAUAGUGGCGGUGUUGUUGUCCAAAAAUGCAGAUGCAAAUAAGAUGGCUAACUCAGGAUUACUCCCUCUACAUGUUGCAGUUCAACAUGGACACCGAGAGGUGGUGUCCCUGCUUGUCCCUGUGACUAGUCGCACUCGGCUUCGGCACAGCGCCAUCGGCCCUCUGCACCUGGCAGCCGAGCACAACAGGCCGCAAGUGGCAGCUGUGCUCCUUAAAGCAGGCGUGGACGUAAACGCCACGCUAGCCCCCGCUCGCUCGGCCCGCUACGUCGACGGACGGGCGACGGCCCUCUGCUUCGCCGUCGCCAACGGCAGCGUCGAGACAACCGAGGUCCUCCUUAACGCCGGCGCUGCCACUGGCCUGGACCCGGUUAGUCCUCUGCUGUUGGCCGUGCAGAGAGGCAGCAUGAGGACCGUGUCCCUGCUCCUGCAGAAAGGAGCUGACAUCAACGCCAAAAUCCCGUCUUGGGCUACGACGUUCCCUGCGGUUGUUGCGCUCUGUAUGGACAAUCUGCCUCUACUCAAGUGUCUUCUGGACAAUGGCUGUGAUGCCCUUUCCUGCUUCUCCUGCUCAUACGGCAGAGGUCCUCAUCCAGAACAAGCCCACAUGAGAAGUCUUGGCACUGUAUUUCCCUUCAACUGCAAUGGACCAGCACAUGAAGCAACACAGUUCUGUCAAUGGAUUUCAACACCAACAAUGAGCCAAUGGGCCGGACCCAUCAUAGACUUGCUGCUGGAGCACGUCGCUCAUGUUCAGCUGUGCAGCAAACUCACUCAACUCUUAGAGAGCCGCCACGAAUGGGUCGCCGUCAGGAGGAAGUCACUGUCACCUCGUCUACUGCGUCAUCUUUGCAGACUGAGUAUUCGAAGCCAAGUGGGCCCACACAGACUGCAAUCCCUCUCGAGUUUACCUCUACCAGGAAGACUGAUCACAUACCUCACUGUGAUGGACUGAUGAUGUUAAGAUGACAUCUGGCAUCUCAGCCAUUAAAUACAUUUCGAUUUGUAUGUCUUUUUUUAAACCUAAUAUAUCUCGUCUGUAUAUGUGUAUUUAUAAACUCUGUGAUGUGACUUUC